GCCACCUCCAUCUCCUUUUCCAUCGCCGACCUCGCUCGAGCUCCUGCUCGCCCUGCUCCGCCUCUGACCCUCCUCCCCUCCGGAGGCACACUGCGAUCCGGCCAGAGGAAGGGGAAGAGAAAGGAGCAAAGGCACCGACGAAUCAGGCCAGGUGGCUAAUAGCGGGCGAUAGGCCCCAGCCGGCCAGGUGCGCCCACCCGGAGGCAGAGCGCCGGGGGAGGAGCUUGAGCAGCAGCAGAGAAGGGGCGGGGGGGAGGAGGAGGAGAAAAAGGAGGAGGAAGAGAAGGAGGAGUGAGAUGCAGCACGACCUCCCGCCUCCGUGGCUGCUUCUACGCCGGGGGGAAGGAAGUGCAUCCAUCCUCGCUGGGCUUCUGCUCUUGGGGAAAGAGCAGGGACCCUGAUUCCCCGGCCCAUUGCGGGAGGGGAGAAAGGCAUUGCCGUCCCACCCCUCUCCAACCGAUAGGACCCCCGGAGAGAAAUCACUCAAGUGGAAUGCACCCAUCACCGUCACGGCCGUACAGGUUGCAUUCGCCUGUAUAAUCAAUACCUCACUACUUUGUGGGCAAGGCUCCGUUCUUCCGAACAUCACUGAGUGCUUCGCAAACAAACCCAGCAUUCCAUCCUCUGCACUCCCUGGCUGCCCAGCAAAGGGUACAAAGGAGUGGUCUGACUAGAAGAGAACCCAAAGGUCACUCUCUAGAACUUGGAAAAAGGAAGUGUCUGAGACAAGACUGGGUGAUCAGCUGAGCCAAAAGCAGCAGAGGUCAGGAAGAGUGAAGACUAAAAAGACUCUAGUUUAGCAGUUGUAAGGGACAGAGCAGCAGAAAGCCUGCCUCAGACCCUACUGGUUUUAUGUCUCUGGGUUAGCACCACACAAGUCUUCAAAUCAUGGAAUCCAUAUCAAUGAUGGGAAGCCCCAAGAGUCUUAAUGAAACAUUUUUACCUAAUGGUAUAAAUGGGAUCAAAGAUGCAAGUAAGGUUACCAUAGGUAUAAUUGGAAGUGGAGAUUUUGCCAAGUCUCUAACUAUUCGACUUAUCAGAUGUGGGUAUCACGUGGUUAUAGGAAGCAGAAACCCCAAAUCUGCUUCAGAAUUCUUUCCACAUGUGGUUGAUGUCACCCAUCAUGAGGAUGCCCUCACAAAAACAAAUAUCAUUUUUAUCGCAAUCCAUCGAGAGCAUUAUACCUCUUUGUGGGACCUCCGCCAUCUUCUUGUUGGUAAAAUCCUGAUCGAUGUCAGCAAUAACACAAAGGUAAACCAGUACCCAGAGUCCAAUGCAGAAUACUUGGCUUCAUUGUUCCCGGAUUCCUUCAUUGUGAAAGGAUUUAACGUGGUCUCAGCUUGGGCACUCCAGUUAGGACCCAAGGACGCCAGCAGGCAGGUCUACGUAUGUAGCAACAAUAUUCAAGCUCGACAUCAAGUUAUUGAACUUGCUCGUCAACUGAACUUCAUUCCUGUUGACUUGGGAUCACUAUCAUCAGCCAGGGAGAUUGAGAACUUACCCUUGCGACUGUUCACUCCCUGGAGAGGGCCAGUAGUGGUAGCAAUAAGCCUGGCCACUUUUUUCUUUCUUUAUUCUUUUGUCAGAGAUGUGAUCCAUCCAUAUGCAAGGAACCAGCAGAGUGACUUUUACAAGAUUCCUAUUGAAAUUGUGAACAAGACGCUACCCAUUGUUGCCAUUACUUUGCUCUCUCUAGUUUACCUAGCUGGACUCUUGGCCGCUGCUUAUCAGCUAUAUUAUGGCACCAAAUAUAGACGAUUUCCUCCAUGGCUAGAGACUUGGUUACAGUGUAGAAAACAGCUUGGAUUACUAAGCUUUUUCUUUGCUACAGUCCAUGUUACUUACAGCCUUUGCUUACCAAUGAGAAGAUCAGAGCGGUACUUGUUUCUCAACAUGGCUUAUCAGCAGGUUCAUGCAAAUAUUCAAAAGUCCUGGAAUGAAGAAGAAGUGUGGAGAAUGGAAAUGUAUAUUUCUUUUGGAAUAAUGAGUCUUGGCCUACUUUCCUUAUUAGCAGUAACUUCUAUCCCUUCAGUGAACAACGCCUUAAACUGGAGAGAGUUCAGCUUUAUCCAGUCUACACUUGGAUAUGUGGCCCUGCUCAUAAGUACUUUCCAUGUUCUAAUUUACGGAUGGAAAAGCGCUUUUGAAGAAGAAUACUACAGGUUUUAUACACCCCCGAACUUUGUUCUUGCUCUUGUUUUGCCUUCUAUUGUCAUUCUGGGAAAAAUCAUUUUACUCUUUCCAUGUAUAAGCAGGAAACUGAAAAGAAUUAAAAAGGGCUGGGAAAAGAGCCAAUUUAUAGAAGUAGCCAGUGGAAUAAUUCCACACCCUUCACCAGAAAGGGUUACAGUGAUGUGAUGCUACAUGGUACUAAAUGAUAUCACAUGGAAUUCUACUUGAGUUAUCAUUUAUGUUAUAACCUAUUUUCAAGAGUUUAUCUAACUGGGUUACAAAACUUGUUAAAAGUGGAGAUUUAAUAAAGAAGGUCAAAGCCCAAUUGGUAUUAAUUUUUUAAAAUCACAUUAGGCAAUUUGGAAUUUUUUAGGGAGCCAACUAUAUUGGAAUUUUAAGUGCUCUUUUGCACAGCUGUAAUCACUAUUGCUGUCACUCUGUCAAAGUUCUAUUUUGUAAUCACACCAAGGUAUAUGCUCUUCACAUUUAGUAAUGCCAACAUGUUUAUCAUUGUUUUAAAAAAAUCAUUUUUCAAGCAACUAGCAUAUUAAAAUUUUAACACAGCUCGUCAUAUAUGUACAUUAUAUUUGCAACACUUAACAACCAUUGUUAAUUAUAAAACUUCUGUAAUAAGAAUUUUAAAUUACACAGAGUAACAGAACUUAAUUGGUUUAAAAAAAAAGAGAAAUUUUGCAUGGGAAACCGGACAUAGUUAAGUGGUCACUACCCUCUAAUGCUCACUAACACCACACUAUAACAUUUAGGAAACAUACAUAUAUGGUUAAAAUAAUUCCCUCUAAAAGAAAAAUUAAACAAGUAAUUACUUUAAAACAUAUAAAGGAGGUGGAUUGACAAAAUAUAUAGAUUUAAGUACUACAGUCAUGUAAUAAACUAAAAGUGUUCACUUCAUGAUUAAUUCUGUUCCAAUAUAGCAAUUACUUUGGCAUAUUAAUAGACUAGACAAGUCUCAGCAAUAUUCUACCUCCAUAACUGAACAUCUCUAACAAAGCCAGGAUGAGACUGUAAGCAAGGUUUGAACAUUAUGUCCCCUUUGUUCACUCAAACACAUAGGAUUUGACCUAACAUAAAAUAAAUUAUAAUAUGCCACAUAAAGUUGCCUUGUCAUAUAAAAAACCAUUACAACUAUCCCAGUCAACAUCAACAUCAACCCCCUUUUCUCACCUUAGUUACAAGGGAUGUAGUACUUACAGACUUAACUCCUAGAAACCAAUUCUAUAAUAGCUUUGGUGAUAGCUUGUAUCUUUUUCACAUUUUUGAGUGGAGACAAAGCAGCAGGAUCCUACUGAACCCAUAAACUCUGUCUGGUAAUCUUCCAUCAUGGAAGUUUUCUUAUGUCAACUCGUAGACAAAGUCGGCCUGAGAAGGAGUGACUUUAGACCAGAAAGCUUGAACAACUUAUGGCAACUACCUCCCCCUGUCUCAUCUAAUCAAGGUCAUAAACCUAUGGACCAAGGACAAGGUCUGCCCAUUAAUAGUCUCUUCCAAAAGGCUAUGUUAAGAAGAUAGCUCAAGAAGUAUUAUUUCUGGGGGCAGCUAGGUGGUGCAGUGCAUAAAGCACCAGCCCUGGAUUCAGGAGGACUUGAGUUCAAAUUCGGCCUCAGACACUUGACACUUAACUAGCUGUGUGACCCUGGGCAUGUCACUUAACCCUCAUUGCUCCUCAAAAAAAAAAAAAAAAAGGUAUUAUUUCUCCUUUUUUCAAGUCUUUGGCACAGCUUUGUAAUGAUUUUAAAUCUAUUUCCUGCCCAAGCAUUCACCCAUGAAGUUUACAUGCAUGUAAAACAUGUGUAUAAACAUUUGUUUAUAUAUUGGCUUUAAACACUUUCUAUAAAUUGUUUCCAAAACUUUUUUUCAGUUUUUUGACUUGCCCAGGGUCACACAGCUAGUAAGUGUUAAGUGUCUGAGGUCAGAUUUGAACUCAGGUCCUCCUGAAUCCAGGGCCGGUGCUCUAUCCACUGCACCACCUAGCUGCCUCCAUCCCUGUCGUUCUUAAUGGAAUAUUAAAAUACCAAAUGGCUAAUAAGUACAGGUAAAAUCAUCACAAUAUACACUAAUGAAGUCUUAGAAGGUUUUUAAGCUAUUGGGAGAAAAAUACAAAAGAAUGAAUGUUGAAAUAGUGUUUAAGGUGGUACAGUGGAUAAAGCACCAGCCCUGGAUUCAGAAGGACCUGAGUUCAAAUUCAGCCUCAGACACUUGACACUAGCUGUGUGAUCCUGGACAAGUCACUUAACCCUCCUUGCCGCCCCCCCCCCCAAAGUGUUUCAGAUGCUAAUAAACCAGAGUUUUGCACAAUCCAUCUGCUAAUACACUUUUGAGUUUCAUAAAGCAAAGAGUUUGAUAUUACAUUGUAAGAGUGCAUUAUUCACAAUACAAUAUUAUGAAUUAUAUCUAAAAGUAGAGUGCUUUAAUGUUUCUUACUAUAUAGAUUGUUUUUAUGAUUUUUCCACUGUUCUCAAAAAUAAUACUAGAUUCUAUCAUUGCCACCUUGAUAGAUGUAAUGGAAAUAGCUAUUCUUAUGACAAAAUUAUGAUGCUAGACUGAAUAGAGGUGACACUUUUUCUCUAAUCUAACUGACAGAAAACCUGAGCAAGGUCCCUAAAUGUGAAAAUGCUUUAUUAGCAAAAAAAAAAAAAAAAGGCUAUGCAAGUGAUGAAGAUAAGAGUAGUGA